UCCGGUUGUUGUAUUUAGUAGUACUUAUCUCCUGACAGGGAAACGAUAGUUGACUGUAUUCUUCCCUUGGUUUCAACAUUUUAAAGUAAAUAUGGGAGCUUGUCUGGCAUUGUGCUCUGUAGCCAGCUGCGCCUCCUGUCUGUGUGGCUCAGCACCAUGCCUGCUGUGUGGCUGCUGUCCCUCCUCCAAUAACUCCACUAUCACACGGCUGGUUUUCUCCUUCUUUCUGCUGCUGGGGACACUGGUGUCUGUCAUUAUGAUACUUCCUGGAAUGGAGGCCGAGCUUCAAAAAAUUCCGGGACUCUGCCAAGGGGGAUCUUCUAUACCUGGUUUGGAAAACCACGUUAAAUGUGAAGUCAUUGUGGGCUACAAGUCUGUGUACCGGAUGUGCUUUGCCAUGACCUGCUUCUUCUUUCUGUUCUGCGCUAUUAUGAUUGGUGUCCGUAGCAGCAAAGAUCCUCGGGCUGGCAUUCAAAAUGGAUUCUGGUUCUUUAAAUUCCUGAUCCUUAUUGGGAUUACUGUGGGAGCUUUUUUCAUCCCUGACGGAACCUUUCAUACUGUGUGGUUUUACUUCGGAGUGGUGGGAUCUUUCAUCUUUAUUAUAAUCCAACUUAUUCUCCUCAUCGACUUUGCUCACUCCUGGAACAAGGCGUGGGUAGAAAAUGCUGAAAAUAGUGGCAACAAAUGCUGGUUUGCAGGCCUUCUGUCUUUCACCGUCCUGUACUAUGCCUUGGCUUUCACUGCUGUCGUGCUUUUCUACGUUUACUACACACAGCCCGAUGACUGCACAGAACACAAAGUCUUCAUCAGCCUCAACCUUAUUUUCUGCAUCAUCGUCUCCAUUGUCUCUAUUCUACCCAAGAUUCAGGAAGCCCAGCCACACUCUGGUUUACUCCAGGCGUCACUCAUCUCCCUCUACACCAUGUAUGUCACCUGGUCUGCAAUGACUAACAAUCCAAGUGAGUCCCCGGCUCUCUUAAACAUUAGUCUCAGCUCUUCUCUGUAGC